GUAUGCGCUAGCGCCGGCGCGCAGGCAGUUGUGCAACAACCGUGGCCGCAAGCGCAUGCGUUCAGUGCUUCGCAUAUACUGGAUUCACUCUAGUCUAAAAGUGUGUUUUAUUUGCAAACCGAGUCUGUACAAGUGGCGACGAGGAUAAAAGCUGCCCCAAAAUGACUCAUGCAUCAUCUGUACUGCCGAACCUAGACCAUUUUGACUGCGAAGGCGACCCGACAUCUGUUGGCACUCGCUGGGAGAAAUGGAAGAGGGCAUUUGAAAUUUAUUUACUGGCUGCCAACGUCGAUACUCCGGUACAGAAACGUGCUACUCUUCUCCAUGUUGGAGGGAUAGCACUUCAAGAAGUUUAUUAUAACCUUCCUGGAGCUCAUGCCGAAGUUGCAGAAGGUGUCGAUGUUUAUGCAAUAGCUCUAAAGAAAUUGGACGGUUAUUUUGCUCCAAAACAGAGUCGGAUUUACGAAAGGUACCUUUUUCGACUCAUGAAACAGGAGGAUGGAGAACAAUUUGAACGAUUUUUAUUAAGGUUGAGAAAUCAAGCUGACAAGUGCCAAUUCCAUAAUAAAGAGGAGCAUAUUAUCGACCAAAUUACAGAAAAGUGUCGAUUAGUCGAAUUAAGAAAAAAAAUUUUAGAAUGCGGUGAUACAAUUACACUAGACGAAAUCAUAAGUAAAGCAAAUGCCUUGGAGGUUGUAGCCCGGCAAUUAGAACAAUUUAAAACAAUAAACACAAAAGAUGGAAACAAUUUUAACAAAGCAGAAAUAAAUAAAAUUGAUAACAAAAAAAGAUAUAAUAAAUAUUUACAAAAACAAACAUCAAACACAAAAUGUUCUAGAUGUGGAAGCUCUUCCCAUUUAUCUGAAGACACGAAAUGUCCGGCAAGAGAUAAACGAUGUGCAAAGUGUGGCUUCAUCGGCCAUUUCCGAGAACAUUGUAGGACACGACAGAAAAGACAAUUUUCAAACAGCAAGACAGAGAUGACACACAAAAAACCAAGACUAGGAACCAAAAAAGACGCUGAUAGAUCUGAAAUUGACUACAUUUUCAACCUGGAUGAAGACAAAAAUACAAAAAGUAUGGACGAUGAAGUAGAAGAGAAGAAAAUGGACGAGUCGAGAAUUGAGUAUAUUUUCCAUCUGGAUGAAGAAGAAACUAUUAAGUGCAAUUUAGGGGGAGUUAGCGUUGACAUGUUAAUAGAUUCCGGUAGUAAAUGCAAUGUUAUUACUGACAGAACAUGGCAAUUCUUAAAAAAUAAUAGCGUAAAAAUUUCUAAUCAGGUACGCAAACCUAAUAAGACACUUAUUUCCUAUGGCAGUAAAGAACCUUUGGACAUUAUGGGCUCUUUUGAUGCAGACAUUUCAGUCAGUAAUAAUAAAAGUAUAAAAUGUACUGUUUAUGUCAUCAGAAACGGUACACGUGAUCUAUUGGGCAAAGAGACUGCGAUUCAAUUAGGCGUACUCAAAAUUGGACUUCAAAUUAACGCUGUUCGCAAUGAUGUUCCUUUAGAAAAAGCUUUUCCGAAGUUCAAAGGAGUGACUGUCCAAAUCCCAAUAGACCAAACAGUUAAACCAGUCAUUCAACCAUACAGAAGGGUUCCCAUCCCUUUAGAAGAAAAGGUCGCUAGAAAAUUAAAGGAACUUAAGGAAGCAGACAUUAUCGAGGAAGUUAAUGAACCUUCACCGUGGGUAUCACCGAUGGUUCCAGUUCUCAAAGAAGGACAAGAAGAGGUACGUAUUUGCAUAGACAUGAGAAGAGCCAAUCAAGCAAUCAUCAGAGAAAAUCACCCCCUUCCUACAAUGAAUGAACUACUACCAAAUUUUCGGCAAGCUAAAUUUUUCUCAAAACUUGAUAUAAAAAAUGCUUUCCAUCAACUCGAAAUUCAUGAAGGUUGUAGAUACAUCACUACAUUCAGUACUAGCAAAGGGCUUUACAGGUAUAAAAGGCUAAUGUUUGGGAUUUCUUGCGCACCCGAAAUGUUCCAAAAAAUUUUAGAAAAACUGUUGUUAGGUUGCGAAGGCACAUUAAAUUUUAUCGAUGAUAUUAUUAUACAUGGUGCUACAGAAAAAGAACAUGACGAAAGGUUAAGUAAGGUGCUACGAGUUUUAGAAGAAAAUGACGUUUUAUUAAAUAAAAAGAAAUGUAUUUAUAAAACUCAAACGAUUGAAUUUCUUGGUCAUGUACUUUCGCCUAAGGGCAUUAGGCCACUUGAAAAAUAUUUGACAACAAUUAAAACCAGUAGAAUACCAAAUACUACUGAAGAAAUUCAAAGCUUUUUAGGGUUGGUUAACUUUGUAAGUAAAUGGAUUCCUAACGUAGCUACCCUUACUGAACCUUUACGGGAACUGUUACGGCUAGGGCUUGGAAAGUCAGCAAACAUUCAAAAAAUUUGGACUUCCAAACAAGAUGAGGCGUUUGAAGCUCUAAAAGAAAGCAUUUCCAAUAUUAAAACUUUAGGUUAUUACAAUCCUUCUGACAAAACCCAGGUUAUCGCUGAUGCCUCUCCUGUAGGGCUAGGCGCAGUGUUGGUCCAGGUUGGUAAAGAUGGCCCCCGUGUGAUCGCUUUUGGUCACAAGUCUCUAACUGAUUGUGAAAAGAGAUAUUGUCAAACUGAAAAAGAAGCCUUAGCGCUCGUCUGGGCAGUGGAGCAUUUUAAAAUUUAUCUAUUGGGCAAAGACUUCGAACUAAUAAGCGAUCACAAGCCAUUGGAAACCAUUUUUGGACGAACUUCUAAACCAUGCGCCAGAAUAGAACGAUGGGUCCUUAGGUUACAGGCUUUCAGGUACAAAGUCGUUUACAAACCAGGUAAAUCAAAUAUAGCUGACACAAUUUCCAGACUUUGCAAAACCUCUUCGUUAGAACCAUUUGACUCUGAAAAUUAUAUUAACCAAAUAGUAAGUUACAGCAGGCCCGUCGCGGUUCCAUUAAAAGAAAUUGAAACAUGUUCUUUGGGAGACGAGGAAAUUUUAAAAGUCAAAGAGGGUAUUUUUAACAAUGUCUGGCACGAUUCUAUUAACUAUUAUAAAAAUAUACAAAAUGAACUAUGUUUUAAUGGGAAUAUUCUUCUUCGCGGAACUAGGAUAGUCAUACCCAGUAAUCUCCAUCAACGGGUACUGGAAGCGGCCCAUGAAGGCCAUCCAGGCAUAGUGGCGAUGAAGGCUCGUCUUAGAACUAAGGUGUGGUGGCCUAGAAUUGAUAAAGAUGCUGAACGUCUGGUAAAAGCUUGUCGAGGCUGUACACUUGUAUCUAAUCCUACUCCACCACACCCGAUGAAAAGACGAACACUUCCAGCAGAACCUUGGGUUGAUGUAGCGAUGGAUUUCUUAGGACCGCUUCCUAGUCACGAUUAUCUGUUGAUUGUUGUUGAUUACUAUAGUAGAUAUAAGGAGAUUAAAAUAAUGCGCAGUAUCACUUCUCUGGAUACGAUAAAAGUCUUGAAGGAAAUGUUUUCUAGAUUAGGUUACCCAGCAACUUUGACGUGUGACAAUGGUAAUCAGUUCACAAGCGAGGUCUUUCAGAAAUAUUGUAAGGAAUGUGGUAUUAUUUUGUACAAUACUGUCCCAUAUUGGCCUCAAAUGAAUGGGGAAGUCGAAAGGCAAAACCGGGAUGUUUUAAAAAGACUAAAAAUUUGCCAAGCUGAAAAUGGGAACUGGAAAGAGGACAUUUUUAAUUAUUUGAUGAUGUAUAAUAGUACCCCACACUCUGUUACAGGCAAAUCUCCUUCUGAAUUAUUUUAUAAACGACAGUUUAGAGACAAGAUUCCGGCAGCACCAGACAUGGAAUACAAAACAAUAGAUGAAGAAGUGAGAGACAGAGACCUACAAAUGAAAGAAAAAGGAAAAGAGUAUGGAGAUCUUAAAAGGAAAGCGACAGAUAGCAACUGCGAAAUAGGGGAAAAAGUAUUAGUAAAAAAUGUAAUAAAAAAUAAUAAGUUGACCUCAAACUUCAAUCCUACUACCCAUACAAUAACGGACGUGAAUGGUGGCGAUAUUAGUAUUCGAAAUGAUGAAACCGGGAAAGAAUAUCGACGAAAUAUAGUGCACCUAAAGAAAGUAAAUGAUUCAUGGACUGUAGUUGGUCAAAAUAAUAAUAAUAAUGAUGAUUUAGACGGAAAUGAUGAUCAAGCGUAAAUUCUUCACUAAAUUAAACUUAUGAUAUUAUUGUAUACUGUUAUUAAAUACGCUUCUAUUAUGAUUGAUUUACCAAAUUAAAAUUAAGUAAAAUCAAAGUCGUUUUGUUUUGCAGAAAAUCUGUAACAAUUAUACUUACUUAAAUUAUCAGACUAGCUGUUAUUUUAUAAGGUAUUAAAUUGUAAGGUAUAGGAACUUUCAUUGUGAUUUUGGAACUAUGUAUUCAAAUAAAUAUAAAUAAAGAAGGGAUGUAGUGUAUGCGCUAGCGCCGGCGCGCAGUCAGUUGUGCAACAACCGUGGCCGCAAGCGCAUGCGUUCAGUGCUUCGCAUAUACUGGAUUCACUCUAGUCUAAAAGUGUGUUUUAUUUGCAAACCGAGUCUGUA